AUGAUCAUCCACACGGGAGAGAGACCAUACACCUGUCCUCAGUGCGCCAAGAGCUUCACCUGCAAAGGAAGCCUUAAGGAUCACUUCAAGAUCCACUCCGGAGAAAAGCCCUUCACCUGUCCUCAAUGUGGAUGGAGUUUUGCACGUCAAGAAGAUCUUAAGAGGCACAUAAGGAUUCACACCGGAGAGAAACCUUUUCCGUGCUCUCAGUGCGGAAAGAGCUUCACCAGUUCAGGAGAUCUGAAGAGACACUUAAGAAUUCACUCCGGAGAGAAGCCUAAAACCCACCCUCAAUACACAAAGAGCUUCACGCAGAAGGAAGGUCUGAAGGAACACAUGAAAAUCCACUCUGGAGAGAAGGCUUUUCACAUGCAUGCUGUGCGGGAAGAGCUUCACACAUCAGCGGAGCUUAAAAAGACACAUGAAGGUCCAUUCAGGAGAGAAGCUACACCAGUGUCCUGA